CAAGAUUGCAUGAUCUAUGUAUGUCAAAGAAGGUGGUGUACAGUGGAGUGGUAGUAGAGAAUUCUCUUCGUCGACAGGAUCGUACACGCACGGAAGAGCAAGAAAGAAAGAGAGAGUAGCUAGAAUUAACUAUAUACAUAGAGAAUCUCUGUACACACUUUUUUCUUUCUACUUUUCCUUCUCACUUCACGAAUGUUUUUACGAAAGUGACCCACCCGGGGUUGUCAUGGACGUGUACGAUCUACUACGGGUAUAAAAAAAAAGUCUUACGGUAACGGGGCAGAGAGGGAGAAGCACGAAAAAGUGGAAGGACAAAAAAAGAAAAAGGGAUAAACAUAACGAGUGAAACCGCAACUUAUCGUGUGAAUAUAUAAAAUGAGAAACCGCAAUAGAUGCACAAAACAUCAAUUGCAAAUAACACUAGGCAGUAUCAAUGGACGCGGCCAUGUUUUCUGGUAGCAGAAAUCUCAACGAUUAAAAUAAAUAAUAUUCAUUUUAUGUUCGCUUCUCGUUUCUUUUUCUUGCCUUAUCGACCAACAAAUACGGUUACGUUUCACGAGGCUCAACGUCAAGACACCCAUUAUUUAUAUUUUAAGUCGUCGGAAAGUGCAGAAUGCCGGGAUGCGAUGUAAAAACAAGAUAUUUACCGGCAACGUUCGCCUGGACUCUUUUACUCAGCACGACGACCCUUUUUUUCUAUUACCCAUGCCAGUAUUAUCUCUUCCGAUAUCCAUGGGUUCCGGCGCUUCAAGGGGUCAUAGCCUUCUUUGUACUGGCCAAUUUUACACUGGCCACAUUUAUGGAUCCCGGUGUCAUACCAAAAGCCCCUCCAGAUGAAGAUCGGGAAGAUGACAUCAGAGCUCCGCUAUUUAAAAAUGUAGAAAUAAAUGGUAUAACGGUGCGCAUGAAAUGGUGCGUAACCUGUAAAUUCUACAGGCCACCACGUUGUUCCCACUGCAGUGUAUGUGAUCAUUGCAUAGAGACGUUCGAUCACCAUUGCCCAUGGGUGAACAAUUGUAUAGGCAGAAGAAACUACAGAUUCUUCUUUUUCUUUCUUCUCUCGUUGAGCUUUCACAUGCUCAGCAUCUUUGGACUUUGUUUGUACUUUGUACUCGAGCACAAGCAACAACUGGGAGAGGUCGACACGACAGUCGCGAUGGUACUGAUGGGAGUAGUUACACUUCUAUUUAUUCCAAUACUCGGAUUGACAGGUUUUCACGUGGUUCUCGUUUCGCGGGGACGCACCACAAAUGAACAAGUCACAGGGAAAUUCAACGGUGGAUACAAUCCCUUCUCGAGAGGAUGCUUCCAUAAUUGCUGCUACACACAAUUUGGACCCCAGUACCCAAGUUUAAUCAAACCUGAAAAGUAUUCAGGAAAGCGACGGGGGGCUUGCACGUCCGAGAUAUCGACGAUAGACAGCGAGAACCAGGUAAAAACCUACAUGGAUAGCAGCAACGGUGUUAGAAAUGCCAGUUCAAAUGCUUACAAUAAGUUGUCCCCCGGACGAGAUUGUUCCGAUACGGAUAUGGAACCGACUGCAUCACAAUCAGCAGAUUGUGAACCUACCCCACCGUUGCAGAGACACGGAUCGAAAAGCAACUUUUUCCUGCCACCUGUCGAGAACAGCGAAUCUCCCAGGCAUCCACAACCGCCACAGCAUCGUCAUCCAAUGCAUUAUCCACGAGGUAGCCCCCAUCCAAGGCCGAGGGGAAUGAACGGCUCUCGCAGUCAUACUCCCGAUCCGCUGUCGCCCGAAGCGACUGGAUCACCGGCCGGAGGUCCCCAAAGAGGUCAAGGUCAGGGUGGUGCAAGCCCGACGAUGCAACAGCGCAUCAAAGCUAUAGGCGUACCAACGCCACUUGCCAUUUCCAGUCCAAUACGCAGAUCAAAUCCAGGCACACCGACGCAGGUACGUCGGCCCGACUUUAUAGGUGUAGCCGAAGCUCCAACGUAUUACGAUGUGCAGCAUCACAACAAUCACGUGGGUGUGAUUGGCCAGGGUCAGAUGUCGGGUGUACCGAACACGGGUUAUAGUCCACAGCGACGUUUUCUAUCGGAGAGCGAGCUGAUAAGACAAGGAAAUGAGCAUCCAUAUUCGCGCACCAAUAAUACGGUUGAUAAUAUACGCGAAUUGGCUGGUUCGCCACAAAGAGGUGUCUACAUGUGGAAGGACAAUUCACCGUGUGGUUAUCCUCAGCAAGCGGGACCAGGUAUGGGAGUACCGAGUCACCAAAAUAUUCCGCAACGUCAGCCACCUCCUUACGAUUAUUAUUGCUCGAAUCCAACGAGUCCGACGCAACAACCGUACGGUAAUCCACCGCCGCCUCCUCAAAGAGCAGCUUAUCAUCCAGCUACGAGAGGCGGUGUACCGGUAUUUCCGCCUCAUCAAUCGCCCCAAGUUAAACGCAAAGUCUCGACGAUGGCAACUCCGACGACACCGACCCCGGUCGAUGGUCGAAGGCGACCUAUGUCCUUCGUAAGAGCAUUAGAAAUGACCGACUCCAUGGAAAUGGUCACCGCACCUAACGAUUCAAGAUCACAAAGGCCCACGACACCGACACCCGAUCGUGCCAGUGUCUACGACAUGAAUUACGAAAUUUCCGUAUAGCCAAUCUUCAACGUCUCCGCUGGAUCGAAUCGCUGGACGGGGAUUAACAAGAAGCCAUCGACCAUUUUUCACAUCGCACGGAGCUACGAAGGUCAUCGUGCUUCUUCAGCUAAUUCUGAGGUUUCCGUGUGAACGAUAUACCAAUCUCUUGAAAAAUCAUGAGGCUAUCUUUUCUUUCAAUUUAUUCUUUUUUUACCCACGAUUUUUCAAGGUAUUGCCCUUCACCUCGUCUCGUUCUUCCCAAGAAUACAUUUUUCUGGGAAAGAGAAACUGAGAGAUAAUUUCGUAUGACGUUUCAAAAAAGUGACGUUGAAGCUUGCAUCGUUAAAAUGUAAUUGAUCUUUUACUUUUUUCUCAGUAAAUCGAUUCUCGUUUUGUUGAAAUUUAUUGUCACAAAUAUCUGCAAAUCUUUUUUCGGGUCUUCGAUACUGAUUUUUCGAACAAUCGAGAUUACAACUUUUUGUAAACUUUGAAAAUCACUAAGAAUUAACACUUAUAAAAUAUAGGAAAUUUCGCUGGAUUUUAACGAUUUGAACUUGAGCGGCAUUCCAACAAAGCCAAUGAAAGUUGAGAACGCUUUCGUCGGGAAACGUACGAUAAUCACGUUUCCCUUUCUUUCGUUUACACCCAUAUUGAUUUUUUGUUUACGCGAUAAAUACGGACAAGGUUCAGCGCUUUGAUGCUGCUCUAAUCAUUUUCUUCAAUUAUCUAUCUUGUGCGUGUUCGAUGUUGAAUUUUAUCGCUGAUUUGCAGCGUCAAACCACUCGGUGAGUCGAUACCGAAUGAAAGAUUUAUUUUUUGUUCAUUCAAUCCCUGUUUCUUCCUGAGAUUAAUGAAGUAAAGGAAUAAAUAAUUGUGUCUUCUAAAGCGUUGUUCCAAGAGGAAUGAAGCCUUGUAAUCAACGGGUUCUCAUUUAAAUAUUGAGUUGAUCCUACAGCCACGACUGGAAAAUAAUACCCGCUUUUUUGAGGUACCUGUAACUUCUCGGAAACCACCGUCGAAUAUUUCCCGUUCGGUUUAUAUAACUUUGGGUAAAUAUACAACCUGACAAUUGACUUGCGAUUCCCAAAAAUAUUAUAAUUGACUGCAAUUUUUGUCAGCAGUUUAUUAUAUUCCGUUGAGAUUGAAAGAUUUUCAAUAAGUUCGUAUUCAAAAAACUUACAUGAGCCAUGUGAAAAAUAUCUUGUGGAUUCUCUCUCUCUCUCUCUCUCUCUUUCUCUUUCUAAGGUAUUUAUAGCCGUGUUAAUUACUCGUCAUAAGUUGAAUGACAGUGCAUCAAGUUUCUAUUUGAACUGGGUUGAAUUAAAACGUCCCUCUUAUUUCAUUUUCUUCGUCGAUGAAAUAAAGACUUGACAGCGAUUUCUGCAAAAAUGCGAAUAUACACGCAAUUCUAUGUUAGAUUCAUAUUUAUUUAUAUUAUUUUUUGUUCAUGAAAUAUCCUGAACUAAAAUUAUUAACGUACCUGAUUCGAGGAGAACGAAAAUGUUCCGGAAAAAAAAUCAUGUUAUUGGACAAAACAACUCAGUCAGGAAUUCUUAUAUUUUUUAUAUUUAUGGAAACAAAAAAAUGAAAAAAAACCUUGAACGGAAUUACAAGAUGAUGAUUUUCCGAACUAUAAACAGAAGUGUACAUGAAAAAUUACAGUUCUUGAAAGAGUUCUGAUUUUUCCAUUAUUUUUUUGAGAGCGGGACAAAUUUGCUGAAUUUGAAAAUUUUUAGUCCGAGUCAUUUAUAUCGGGAAUUUUGUUACUGGGUAAUCAAGUCUUUUCUACGUUCGUUAAGGGAAUCCGGCUUUUUAACCUUUGAUACAAAGCUUAUGUAAUUGAAGGAUUUUCAAAACUCAUGGUUGAAUUCUCUUGGCCGGUGAAAAAAAAUUGUAUACUCGAUAUAUUUAUAUAUUUAUAUCGAAAAAAAUCUCAACAAAUGUAUGGUUGAGUAAACACUAAUCGGAAGGUCGAAAUUACAACAAAGUGAUCAAGCGUUAGAAAUUUAACGUCAUGAACGAUAUUUUUUCUCUUAUUUUUCAAUUUUGCGACCGAAAAAUCUGGCUGUUAACACAAAAAAGGGGGAAUUUUUAUAAAAAAAUGAUAUAGGACAAAACGUCGGAAAUCACUCUCAAGUAAUAAAUUCGUAUUUAUUUAUUUGGUCAAAGUAUAACUUCUCGGGAACAAAAAAAAACAGAAAAUUGUUAAAAAUCAUGUUCUAAAAAAAUAUCGUUGUUAAUGAGGGUCCAUAAAUUUAUUAUCGUUUCAAAUACGGUAUUUUCGUUCGACAAUUUUUCAAAAAUUAGUUACGUUUUGUAAAUAGGGAACAGAAAUGCUGAAGAGUUGAUUAUUUAUUCCAACCGAACAAGAAAUAUUGCUAAACUUAGUCAAGACAUUUUAUAUGUUUUUUUUUUUUUUUUUUUAUUUAGUAAGAAAUUUAGUAGGACAGGAAGUAAAAGGAAAAAAAAUAUUUUUUUCGACGAAAAGUAGACAAUUGCCCACACUCUCAGGCGAUCUUCGAUCAAUCACAUCGUGAAGAAAGUUUUUCACCAAGAAAUUACCUCAUGGCUGAGACUCGAUAAUCAAGUCGAGCGUCAAAGUUGAAGAAUAAAAGUGAAAAUAUCGUAUUCCUGGAACGCGAGCAUAACAAAGCUGUGCGAAAAAAUGGACCAUCAUAAAACGAGCUUUUUCUGAGACGAGCAAUCGACCACCAACUCUAAAAACGUGCACGAUCUCAUAGGAUUCGAUAUACGGGGGAUCAUUGUUCCCUCGAUCUUUGAGUGUAUUUUCUCUCGCAUUCCUCCCAUUUGACAGCAAACUCAUCCAAUUUUAGUACACGUUAAGGUCAGUUUAGAUUUUUAUACAGUGUAACGGUGACUUAAUUAUUGACGCGCGGCACUUUAAUACAUUGAUCGACGACAUUAAUUCCCUUCGUUUUCUUUUUUUAUCCAACAACAUUCAUAAUCAUUCGCAGUGUGAGUGAAAACUGCAAGAGUGCGAGCGAGAAAUAUUUGAACGAUAAAUCCUCCCACAAACGUACACGUGAGAGGGGAAAAGAGAAUAAUAAAAACACGAGAAAAUAAAAAGAAGCAAAGCGAGAAAUAUUGUCCGUAUUCUUUAAAAGAGUUACUUAAUCGACUUAAGUCAUUGUCAAGAUAGAAUAACAAAUUCUGUGUAAAAUAAUCCUGAAAUGUGUAGUAAAUUUUUAAUAUACAAGUAUAUAAAUGCAUAUAUACAUAAUGUAUGUACAUAUAAACUCAUAUACAUAUAUAAUCUAUGUAUGAAUUUAUAUUCAACAAUAUUUAUACGUAAAUGAUAGGAAUAAGAGUUUAUAAUUUAGCUCGACGAAUGCCGAAUUUUAUUAUCGAUUUGUCCAACUAACACGACAUUUUUUUCUUCUUCUUUCGAUGAUGAUCUUUUCAUUAACAUUUAUCUCGAUUUAUUUUUCCAUUUCAAUAAACGUUCGGAGGUAAACGACAAAAUGAAAGAAUAUUGUGUACGAGAGGAUGAUUUGUUGAGCGAAAAAGAAUAGAUAGAUACAAAGAUAAAUAUUGGUGUGAGUGUGAAUGAAAAAAACACAAGCAGCGUUGCUACUGUGAGGAGUGAGACAUGAACAAUUACAACGUUGUAAAAUUAUUGUUCGACGUUGAUGAACGUUCGUUUGAUCUGCGAAUACCAUGAAAUACAAAAUAUCCGAACGCGAUAAAGAGGUGAAAAAAAGCAAAGAAAUGAACAAGGGAACUGAAAAAUCCUGUAAUAUAUCAAUCAAACCCAUCGCAUAAAUUGCUGACUCGUACUGAAAAAUUCAUUCGUUGAGUCUGUAUAAUUAUUCAUAUUCGAUGUGUCAGCGAUCGUAGGCGAGUUUCUCUUUCGUUUUAUAAACAAAAGUUUCAAACGCAUCGCGUUUCAUAUUCAGGGAUGAGAAUAUUUCGAAUGAGAACAAUUAUUUUGCCCGAUCAUUCGUUAUUUGCUUGUGCAAUGAAAGAAAAAAGAAACAAAAAAACUUAUUUCAAUGACUAAUUCAACACCACGCGUUCAUUGAUCUUCGAUUCAAAAUAAACUUAAUUUAUCAUUCGAAAGAAUAAUUGAAAGAUUUAUAAACACAAUGUCAUCUUGAUUUGUUUUUGAAAUACUCUAAAUGAUUAAUAGGAUUAUGAAUUAUUAGCUUUUUUUUAAACGAUUGUACAUUGUUGUAGAAAAAUUAUUAUCGUUUUUCACUUUUUAUUUAUUUCUCAUCUCUCAAACAACAAAAGCAGGCGUAUGUUUAAGAUCGAUUCUCAACAUAUCAGUUGAAGGAACGGUCCUGAUUGCAAUUUACCGUUUUUCGUCAUAAAAUAAUUGCUCGUUGAACGGAAGGAAUAAGGAAAGACUACAAAAAAACUUCAAUGCGAGAUACACGAUAUAAACACGUCAUCAUAAAUUUCUUCGCGUUGUUCUCGUUACGAAAAAUUUUUUUGUUCCGCUGCAACAUCAAACGCGAAACGAUAACGAAACACAAGCUCGGAUGAAAUGUUCGUAUGUUUCCCCCCCCCCUCUCUCUCACUCCCACCCUCCUUCCUAUCCGCACCCGUCGAACCCUCGACCUUUGUCUCCGGUGAACUUGUGCCAAAAAAGUAUAGCAAAAGAUACUAUUUUGAAAGUCAGUUAACCACGAGAUUGUUCGAUCGAUAAAGAAAUACAGAAGCGAAACAAAAAAUUCACACACACAGACUUCACAUCAAAACGGUACAACGUUACGAAUUGAUUAAUGAUAAAUAAAAGAACUAAGAAUGUACGAGAAAAACAAGGAAAAAACAAACGAUAUUUACCAUUUAUAUGAUUCGAUGUAUCUGUACAUAUUAGCCCGUUAUCACUAUGUCAAUGUACAUACACAUAUAUUUCAGUACCUCACGAAUCGUCGCUGCCGUCAUAUAAAAUAAAUAAUGGAAAGUCAA